AUAAUAAAAAUAAAGAUAAGACGAUAAAUUUUGUAUCUUUUGCUUUCUGAUAAUUCUGUCUAUAAUAACCGGUGAAAGAUGAUUGUACUUUUAGUUAUGUUUAAUUUGUGCUUUAAUUAUUAAUUCCAUACAAUUUGCAAGAUAGAAGAAAUUAUCGUAAUAACAUUGAAGUAUUUAAGAUUGUAUUUUUGUAUGAAACUUAAUAAAAUAUAUAAUAUUUUAUAUAUUAUGGAUUUCUCUAAUUUUGUUGAAGAAUAAAACAAUAAAAAUAUGUAUUCUACGAAAACACCUACGCUUCGUAUCGACGAGGCUGAUUUGAAAUGUAAAAAUGGUUGUGGUUUUUAUGGCAAUGCGGAAUGGGAAGGUUAUUGCAGCAAAUGUCAUCGUGAACAUUUACAAAAGCAACGAGCACAGAGAGAAGAUACGUCUAAUAAGACUUUACCUACCGGAUAUCAUAAACACGAAGAAAAGAAAUCACAACAAGAAAAGAAGUAUAAAUUAUUAAAUAUUUCUUUUCGUAAACCUGCAUCAAAAUUACAAGGAUGUCAAGAAUUACUUUACGAAUUAACUAAGGAUAAUCCAGAUCUUGAAAAAGUUAAAGCUGAAAAUAGGGAUCUUAUUGCAUCGAUUGCAAAAACACCGGUUGAGAAAGAUGUACGAAAAUGUAUACAUUCAUUCGUAGUUGAUAUUCUUCAGAAUAAAGAUAUUAAAAGAAUAGAGGAAUUGUCUGAAAUAACCCAGACUUUUUAUCAAGUAUUUGCUAAACGUUUAGAAAAUAGUUUUAAAUAUGCAGACAUAUCUGCAGAUAUCAAAGAAAGAUUAUUAGAUUACGUCGAAAAAUAUUCUAUGACGUUGUUAUACAGAAUUUUAUUUUGUCCACCAUUUACAACAGAUGAAGAAAAAGAUUUAGCAAUUCAAAAGAGAAUAAGACAAUUAAAUUGGGUCAGUGGGAAGAAUUUAGAAUGUAGAAUACACGAAACUAGUUCUGAAGUUCGAGAACUUGUGUACACAUCUAUAACAGAUUUAUUAAAUAUGGAUUCUGCUAAAGCUCCACAAGAAAAAUUAGCCUGCGUUAUUUAUUGCUGUAGAAAUAUAUUCUUAUUGUUACAACAAUCCGUAGAUGGUCCGGCAUCUGCAGAUGAAUUUUUACCAGCUCUUAUUUUUAUCGUUUUAAAAGCCAAUCCCGCACGACUUAAAAGUAAUAUUAAUUUCAUAACAAGGUUUUGUAACGCAAGCAGACUAAUGACAGGAGAAGGAGGAUACUAUUUUACGAAUUUGUGCUGUGCUGUAUCUUUUAUUGAGAACUUAACUGCUGAAUCUUUAAAUAUGGCUGAAAAAGAUUUCAAUGCGUAUAUGUCAGGAGAAAGAGUACCAGCUAAUACAUGGGAAUCUGCAUUGAUGAUGUGUGAAAACUUACACUUGAUGUGCGAAGAUAUAACGUUACUUGAUAAUUUGAAAGCGAAAAAUUUAGAAAUAAUUAAAGAAGCGAACGAAUUACAAAGUAGAAUGACACAAUUUAAACAAGAUAUAGAAGUCAAAGUAUCCGCAGCUAUUGAAAAAUCUCCGUUAUUGAUAACACAAAGUCAGAGAUUGCCUACGAAUUUAGAUUCAGAUAAUAUUGAAAAUUAUCAAUUACCUCCACCUAUUAUACCUCAGGUUUAUUCGCACCCUAUUAAUGAUCAAUCUCAAAACAACUUAUUGACAAAUAAUUCAGCCGAUUUAAGAACUUCACUGAUGGAGGAUUGCAUUACGCCCUCCCCGACAUUUGAUUUUCCUUCUUUUACUGGAGACGGCAGUUUAGAUGUUAGUAAAGCAGAUGAUGAAACGAGUCUAAUCAGUUUAGACACACAAUGUGAUUUAUUGAUGACUGAUUCCCAAUUACACGAAAAAGAUACACCUGAUACAUUGCUUGGAAAUUCAAACACUUCUAGUGCCAAUCUUGUAUCAUCUAUUGAAUCAAUAGGUCAAGAAGAUUAUCAUGGAUUUACUAUACAAGGAUCGCAUAUACCAACUAUUCCUUGCAGUACAGGUGACUUGUCUAUUAAUUCAGCAGAAUUGUCAUCGGAUAGUCAUUAUUCUACUUACUUCCAUAAGAUGUAAUAUUGUUUAUAGAUUUAGAGAAUUGUUCUUUAGAUUAUCACACUUGACAAAUUUAAAAGAGAAAAAUUAUCAAUAGAGAAGAAAUUAUUAGAGCAUUCCUUCUUGUUAAUAUAUAUAACAUUAAUUAUUAAUUAUAAAAAAAGAGCUACUAAUUACUAUGAUUAUCUAUUACAAAAAUUCAAUUAAUAUUGCAAUAUAUUCUCAAUGAGAGUUAAAUAAUUAUUAUCGUUAACGUGUACAUAAAUAAAGUGAUAUGAUGUAAGA